AUGGUGAAAGCAGAGAAGGAUAUAAAGAGAGUUAUACCGAGGCAGCAACGAAGGGGAUGGAACCUAAUAUACCGCGCCCAAUCCAAGCUCCUGCAGAGUUCAAAGCCUGGCAUUCGACAGAUCUAUAAACCGGCGACCUAUUUUUGGGAGCAUGCCGCGGAAUGUGAUGACCGCGAGGCGCCCAACGCUGCCUCUCCCGCUAGAGCCGAUGGCAGCCGUAGAGAUCGGCUCUCGUCUUGA